AUACAUUCAAGAGCAAUUACUGCUUUGCCUUCUCUCUACUUUCUCUCUCUAUAAAAAUACAAUCUUGUGAAAUCCUUAGAAGUUACCGGAAAACCUCCUAGGUAUCUCACCGGAAAAACCCCACAACAACUGGCAUUCAACUUCUUUGUGCUAAUAGGGACCCCUAAUUACCUAAAUGGUAAAGAGCCUUGAGAUAAACCAGAAGCCAUCACCAGUACUCAUCCCACUGCAAUAGAUAUUGGUCCUUUCUUUACUAGCAAUUAAGCCAGAAGUCUGAGAGCUCGAACAAUUGCAGACCCUGAAUCAUGCACCACACAGAAGGAAGUUCACCCUUACAAAACAACAAAACAUCAUCGGGGGCUUCCACAAAUCAAAAUCUGAUGGAAUGGGAUAAACUGUGGACCAUCAAUAAAAAGAUCAUCGAUCCUGUUUGUCCUAGACAUACUGCUGUGCUUGAGGACCGUCGAGUUAUGAUAACCAUCACUGAUGGCCCUGUAGAGCCCUUUGUGCGCAUCAUACCUCGACAUAAAAAUUGCAAAGCUGCAGGAGAUAAGUGUACAUCAUACACUAAAAACAUAUGGAUUGAUUAUGCUGAUGCUCUAAGUAUAUCUGCUAAUGAAGAGGUGACUUUAAUGGAUUGGGGAAACGCCAUCAUCAAAGAAAUCAAGAGGGAUGAGACGGGUACUAUCGUGCAGUUAUUAGGAGUAUUGCAUCUUGAAGGGUCUGUUAAAAAAACUAAGCUGAAGUUGACCUGGCUUCCCGAGACAGACGAAUUAGUUAGGCUUCAACUUGUGGAGUUUGAUCAUCUUAUUACUAAGAAGAAGCUGGCGAAAAUCAAGAAAAAGAAGGGAGCUAAAACAAAGGAGGAGAAGAUGCAGGAGGAGGAAGAUUUUCUGAAUGCAGUUAACCCUGUCACCAGAAAAGACACCUUUGCACUUGGGGACUCGAAUAUGCGGAAUCGGAAUCUGAUUCCUGGAGAAAUCAUACAGCUAGAGAGAAAGGGUUACUUCCGAUGUGAUGUUCCUUUCUUGAGACAUACAAAGCCAGUGGUUCUUUUCGCAAUUCCAGAUGGAAGGAAGCAUAAUGUUAUGCAGUAACAUCUUGACUCUUUGAGUGUUGGGUAUGCUGGAAAACUCUCUUGGUUUAUCUAACUUAUUUGAUUAUGCUUACUAGGACUAAGGAGAAGGUUGCAGAAUUCGUAGUAUUGUUCAGUACCCCUUGAGAGUUGGAUGUGCAGGGAAGUCCUCUUAGUUUAACUGGUUAACUUAAUUAUUAGGAACAAUUGUUUGAUUUCAGAACUUUAUCAGCUUAAAGUCUUAAACUCUAAACCA